AUGUCAGACGCCGGACGCCAAUCUUUCACCGACAAAGCUGGUGCCGCUAUGAAGCCCGACUCCCAGAAGAGCACCAUGGAACAAGCUGGUGACUUUAUCAAGGGCAAGACUGAUUCUGCCGCAUCGACCAUGCAGCCCAACAGCCAGAAGUCGGGCAGCCAAAGGGUCGGAGACACCAUGAGCGGAAACUCCAACGACAACCAGGACUCUCUCCUCAACAAGGCCAAGAACGCUGUCGGCAUGGGCAACAACAACGCUUAA